CUUUCUUUCUUCUAGAUGGCGACUGAACUCAAAGUUCUCAACCUCGCAAAUUGUUUAUCUUUGAAAAGAACUCCCGACUUGUCCACUUUCAAAAGGUUGGAGAUUUUAAAUCUUGAAAAUUGUUGGAAUCUAGAAGAGCUUCAUCCUUCUAUUGGAGACAUCAAGACUCUUGUUUCCUUGGAUGCCUCUAGAUGUUGGAAACUCAACAAGCUACCGGAAGGAAUAGGUAGAAUGGCAGAAUUGACAAGGCUUGUCAUACAAGAAACGGGUAUACAAGAUAUUCCUAUUUCGAGUGAUAGUUUGAUGAAGUUGGAGUGUCUAUCUCUCAGUCAUUGUAAAAUUUCUCAACUUCCUGAAUCCAUGGGCUCCUUGGUUUCAUUAACUCAACUACACAUACGUGAUUUAGCAAUUGAAGAAUUACCUAAAUCCAUUGGUGCCAUGAAGGAACUUAAGGUUAUUCUUGCCAAUCAGUGUAAAAAGUUAGCUCAUAUUCCUAGCUCCAUAGGCAAUCUAGCAUCUCUACAAAGCUUGUCCUUACAUGGCUGCUCCUCAUUGACAGAGAUCCCCGACUCGAUAGGAAAUCUAGCAUCACUGAUUGAGUUUGUCUUAGGAUGGACAUCAAUUACGAAAUUACCUGAAAGUAUUGGGAAUUUGCAAAAUCUGAGGAUCUUGUAUAUUUUUGGAACUGACAUAACGGAAUUGCCCGAUGCCAUAGGGAUGUUGGCAAAACUCCAAGAGUUGGAAGCUUUGGUUUGCAAAAAUCUGGAGCGACUACCUAAUAAUAUAUGCAAACUAAUUUCGCUAGAGAAGCUCAACCUUCAUCAUUGUGCAAAGCUUCGGGAAUUACCGGAACUGCCCUCCGGCUUAACAGUUCUAAAUGUUACCUGCCAGGGGCAGUCCUUGCCCCGUCUUUCCCAGCUAACCCGUCUCAACAAGCUCGCUCUUCAUUAUUGCCACCGGCUUGAAUGUGUCCCAGAGCUUCCCAUUGGACUAUCGGGGCUUUUUAUUUCAUUCUGCGGAAAAUUAAAAGCCUUGACGAAUUUGUCAGACUUGAAACACUUGCGAUAUUUCCAAAUUUCUGAAUGCCCAUCUCUCGAACAAUCGCUCGACGUAUUGAAUUUUAGGCGUACGCAGAAGACGGAACUUGCUUGAAUGUGUCACAGAGCUCCCCAUUGGUCUAUCAUAGCUUACUAUUCGACCGUUGGCCUUCCUCUUUGAUAUCGAGCUCCGAGUCCGCGUGAGCGAACCUCGAGAGCGAGGGGGGGCAGGAGAGAACUACGGCUUGACGUCCAUGGAAGUUUCCGAGGCCUGAAGAUCGAAGCCACCGUUCGCACCGCGUGUCCACCGCAGGCAAGUGGGCAGGUCGGUCGGCGUGGCGGAGUUGACGAUGGUGACGGUGACGAGGCGACGCCACGGCUGGCAACGCCCUCUCCAUCCGCUCCAGAUGAUCGAUCAAUCGCAUUUGAAGUUUAGAGUCGAUCCAUCUCAUGUCGUAAAUUUGCAAUUGCAGAUAGUUGGGAUGGCGGUGUUCAGUUUCUACAUCUUCCUGAGACUGUUGCUUGGGAGCGGGGCUGCUGAAAUCACCGUGACGACAAUAUUCUCUUUUGUGAUCCGAUGGAUAAGACCAGUUAUAGAAAGAAGAAGAGAGGCUCUGAAGCGAUGGCGCUCACGGACUUUUGUGCCGAUUCCUCUAGCUCGCCCUUCCAAUUUCGAUGCUUGAUUUGCCUACCUAGGUACUUCUUCUUUCUCUUUUUUCUUGAAUGAUGAUGGAAGGAAGGUUGGGGCUGAUAUUCCUGUGGAAGUUUAAUGGUGGCGCCUCUGUAUGUACAUACAAAGAGAUAUGUAAUAAAGCAAAGAGAUUAGCCUGGGGAGAUAUCCUUUCUGGUAGGAUAUCAGCAAGUCUUUAACACCCGACCGCUUAGCUGUGGAGUAGACAGUGAACUCAACAAGUAGAAGUCAGUGGCAUGUGGAUGAGCUGAGUAGGAAAGUAGUGCACAAAGCUCUGUGGAUAAGCUAGACGUUAUUGUUUGGGGUACCAUCUAGGGAAAUACUUUGAACUUGUACUUCUACAAGAUGGGCCCGCUCUCCUUUUGGAAUUGAAGUUAAAGAUGUGGGAGUGAAGGAUUGAAAAUUUGAUAAUAUCUCUAGUCUAUGAUGACAAAGAGAAAAAGGCACUUUGUCUAAGUCAAGUAGUUUUAUUUUGUUUUAUUGCCUUUUCUAGUGAAGUCAGGUGUUGGGGCUUCUCUUUGUUUUCUUAUUCUGCUUAAUAGAUUUGUUUUUGGGGUUUGCAUUAUCUUUUAUAGAGAUGGAUAGAUAUUUCCUCGUUGCCUUUCUUAUUAUACUUAUUGCAUAACAAAGAAACUGGGGAGAAAAGAAAUUGAGACUGGGUGCUGGAGGAGCGAUUCAUAAUACUUAUUUCCUCGUUCCUCUUUCUCAUGCUCGUGAAGGAGGACUCUUGUUCUUUCCCCGGUCGUUGCAGCUUUCCGUUAAAGCUCAAGGGUUUUUGCGCCAUUUCAUGAACUGGAGUGUUGUCAUCAACUCAUACCCCCAUCACCAUCUUCUUCAGCUCGAGGUUUCUGAAUGUGGAGUAAUUUCCUCCGUUCGUGGAUUAAAAAACGUUGCAUCUGAGAUGGUAAGUGCCAGCUAGAGGAAAAGCGCUUGUCCCACCGGUCUGAGCAUUGCAAUACCCAAAGGACACAUAUGCUCGGAUAUGUAAUGUGCGACUUCUUUACCUCAAAACAUUCUCCCGGUGCCUUGUUUUGGAUAAUCGACGAGGGCUGAAUCGGAUCGCUUGUGCAUUUGUUAUUCCGGCACCUAGUUCGGGUUUGGCAUGGAAGUAUUCGAUCGGCGUCAGCACGGGUGGGCCACAGAGGAUGUCGACUCUAAAGUGAAGGUGGGUGAAAGGAUCGCGCGGCUGAUCAUUGAGAAGAUCAUGACUCCUGAAGUUGCUGCGGAGGUCGAGGACCUGGACUUUACUCUGAGAGGUGAGGGCGGGUUUGGGUCGACCAGGUGUAAGGCCCAUGUGCUAGGUUUCGGUUGCAACUCUGUUCUCUGUAAGUUUGUUUUCAUUAGGGAUGAGGUUGUGCCUGGGAUGCACGCGGGUCUGGUAGGAGCAUUUUCUUGGUGAGAAAUUUCGUCGAACGAUUGUUGCAUAAAUAUUUGCUAAUUGCUAUGUGUUCAGCCACGCUUUUGAAGUAUUUCCUUGUGCUCUGCCUGUCUCUGUUUAACUGUGAAAUUCGGAUCCUGCUUUUUGAGUUGCCAGUCUGCUGGGGUGAGCUUUGCGGCAAGUAAUUAGUUAGUUGAUUGCUGGCUUACGUGCUAGUCCUAGAUGAUGGUAUUGAGCAACUAAAUAAGGGGAUUUUCAUUGUUUUUACAUAAACUUCUUCGUUUAGUGCCAUAAUUAUUGAAUUUGUGUGACAUUGUCGAUUUAGCGGAUGCACUAUCUUGCAAAUGAUUUUUUCCAGGGUUUGACACCAUUACCUAUUCACUGUUAACUUUCCAUGGGUAAUAAUUUAUUCAAGUUGGCGAGAUUUGGAAGAGUUGCUUAAAAGAUGUGCCUCUGGAACUCUUUAAUGAAUGAAGGUUGGGGUUUAUAUUCCUGUGGAAAUUUAAUGGUGCUCAUGUGCAAACAAAGAGUGGGUAAUAAGCACAAAGUUAACCUUGAGAUAUCCUCUCUGGCAAGGUGCUUGUAUUUACUUAUGGAAGUGAAAUUAAUUAACAUCAGUGAGUAUUCAGCACCCAAGUAGUGCAAAGUGAGUUUCCAACAAUUAGCGUUGUGGCUUUCUCUCAAAAGAUAAAAAAUGGAGGAGAUAGCAAACUCAAUAGGUAAAAGUUGUUGAAAGAUUACUGGAUAACUUAAAGGAAGCAUUUAACCAAGAUUAAUUAUCAAUAAGUAUCUCCCUGAUCCAUGAAGUCAAUGUAAGAUCACAUGAUGUUGCAUCCUAUCAAGAACGCUAAUUGGAAGUUCUCAUUAACGAAGAACAGAAAUAACUCUUGCAGCUGAGUAGGAAAAUAAUGCACAAAGCUAUGUGGAUAAGCUGGACAUUGUGGUACUAUCUAGUAGGCAAGGCUGGUAAUAGCAAAAUACGUUGAUGUACUUUUACAAGAUGGACCCUGCCUUUGGAGUUGAAGUAAACAUGUGUGUGAGAAUUGACAAAUAGAGAUCCUUAGUCUGUGAUGACAGAGAAAAGGCAUAUUGUUUAAGUUAAGCAGUUUUAUUUUGUUUUAUCAUCUUUUCAGGGUUUAGUGAAGUCGGUAAUCGGUGCUCCACUUUGUUUUUUUAUUCUGGUUAGUAGAUUUGUUUUAAGAUUUGAGUUCUCUUGUAUAGGGAUAAAUUCUUUUUGUUUUAGAUGGAUAGUUAUUUCCUUGGUGCCUUACUUAUUAUACCUUUUACACGACAAUGAAACAAGGGAGAAAAGAAGUUGAAAUUGGGUGCCAGAGGAGUGAGUCAAAAUACUAAUCAACUGAAGAUGAACGAUAAGUAUGAGUUGUACCUCUCCAUUCCAAUAAGAGUUUCCUGUGGAUUUUCUCCCUUGCAUGAACACAGCAUGUAUCAGGUUUGCUGGUGGCGAAAGGAAUAUUAAACAAGCCGGAGCCAAGAUUAUUGUGUUAAGUGGUCUACUGAUUCUUGGGGCAUGAAUUUUUGUCUUCCUAGCUCAAAGCACUCUUUGCCUUCCUCAUCAAGUGCUUGAGUCAAAAUUAUUUGAUGACACUGAUAUUUGGAUAUUCAUACCUGUUGUUUUUACUGUAUAUAGUUACUCCCAAACUUUCUUGUAGCAAAGGAAGUAUCUUACACUCCUUUGAUAUGAGCAAAUUAGAUUGUCGAGAUUAACCAAUGUCCAGAUAUUUGCCUUUUUAUCUCUGCUUUUGGGUGACAAGCCGGUGCAAAUUUUGCUCUUCAUUGAGUGUAUUUCAUUGUAAUCCUAUGCCGAAUGCUAAUAAGUUCCUCUGGAUUAGUCAGAGCAUUAUGACUGGUUGCUAUUUAUUAUACCUGUACCAGAUUUUUACCUUCAUGAUUGUUAUUAGGAUUGCUAACUAUAUAGGAGGCAAUUAAAAAGAUGCAAGUUGGUCGCAUUGACAAUCAUUCCCAAAUUGGAUCAGGAGUAAGAUCAUUGGAGAUGUAGGAUGGGAUUCCUAAUCCCAGUCCACCUACUUUGCCUAUUUAAUUAGGACUCAACCUCAUAGUAAAUCAAAAUAGGCCCCAUUUCUUGUCAUGCAUGACCAGUUGUACGUCUGAAACAAUAACUAAAGGCUGAACCUGCUUAUUGGGGCUAACUUUGGGGAUUGAACUAUGAGGGGAUUAUAGAUAAAAUUGAGGUGUUUCCCUCAUCCUGAAUUAGAUUGGAUGGAAGAUUUAGUAGGUGGUUGUGGCAAGGCUGAAAAUACUUUCCAUGCAGACUUGGGAGAGUCCAUAUGCUUCCACCUGUAUUAAAAUUAACCUUUUAUUGCUGGAGUUGGAUGUGAGCUCUACUUUCAUGAGAGCUUCAGUUGGGGCAUAUGGGAGGUCCGCUGUGCCUCCACAACCAGCAGUGCAGCACAAUGCCAUCACCUUUGUGCUGCAACCAUCUCUUCUUGCUAUGGAAUUUUUUUGUUUUUUUUAGGUCAUAGUAUAUAGCUCUUCACCUUGUCUAUUUCUUUCACCCUCCUCUCUUCUUCUUUUCAAUGCCAUCAUCUGGCUUUUUUUCAUUUUGUUUUCUUCUUUUCUUUUGCCAUCAUCAGCAGUGCAGUCUUAUGAUUAUUGAUCCAAAGUGUGGUCCAGUUUCAAACAUUUGGGAUCAAUCUUAACAACAGUUACCUUAAGGGUUUUAUUUAUAUGGACUUAUACUGCAGUGAUUGCCUCCCAUAUGUGUACUGAUUAGAUCUUAUACUAUUGUUUUGUGUAGUUGUAAUAUGCCAUCAUGUACGACUAUUUGAAAAACGAAUCUCUUUGGCAUAUCUAUAUGGGUAUUGGUUCUGGGCAAUCUCUAGAGAUGUUAGAACUCAGGCCUGGUGCUCAUGCUGUUUGCAAGUUUUUUCAAUUGGCUGGGAUCCUCAUGAUUGCUUUUGUAUUGCACCUUGCUAUUACCCCUUUAAUUCCUUUUUUUACUCUAUUUUCUUCCUAGAUGAAUAAUUUUUCUUGUUGUUAAUCAGAUAGUUCGACUGAAAGUCAUAAUUGUGCUUUAGAGAUAAUCAAGUAAUGAAUUAAUUUGAUGGUGACACUUAACUCUGUUGCUGCUGGGAAGGUGAAAAUGUGAAAUCAAACUCUAUUGCAGCUCAUGUUCAUGAGCAAUCUGUUUUGGUUUCGUGGUUUCUAGAGCUAGUUUCAUUAUGUAGCUAUAUGUCGAAAUUGAGAGAGUGCGGUUGAUAAAGAAACCGGCAAAAACCAAAGGUAGAAGGUUUUAUAGCAGAAGCUGCUGAUUUAAUACAAGAUAUUGCAGGAGCUAGAAGUUGAAUUCUGGUGUCUUUGAUCUUGCAAUUGGUUUUUCCUUGUCCAACAUUAUGAGUGAUUUGAAUUGCUGUGGAAAAUUUUGGAGCAUUGGCAAAUACAGAGAAAAUUGCCUUUAUCCUUGAACAUGUUCUUUUAAGCUUAGAUCACCAGGACUAUGUCCAUGCACAGAUCCAGAAAAUCAGCCCCCUGGUGUUUGAUGCAGAUCCUUCCAAAGAGAAGAAAAGGACUAAAGAAGGGGAAAGUAUUGUGGAAGAAGCGCUGGUUGAUAUUUUGUCACUUCUGGAGCUGAGACGGAUAUAAUAAGAACCCACAAUAUGUCGCAGGUUCUAAGGAAAAUCUGCUGGUACUUAGUUCGGUCACCACAUGAUCGGUUGCAGUCAAGCCUUUGUAGUACUUUAGAAGCUAAAAAUGUCUCAGAAAUUCCCCAUAUCAGAAUUUGGUUGGCCGUGCCUUUGUUAUUUUAACGCAGUUUGCAGUUGAAACAAUUGGUCACAAUGGAGGUUAUCCAGUUAGCUCUUUGGAGUAAUUUCAGAGAUAAAUUUGAGAAUGAGAAAACCAUGCUCGAAGGUGCACUUGUUGAGAAGGCAGCAGAAGAUCUUAGAUAGAGAAUACGCAAACAUAAUAUUAUUGUCGUUUUGAAGUAUUACUUGAGGAUUACCUUGAGGAAACUUGCAUAGCUGUGCCUCAGCAUCCAGGUUGAUUAUGUUGAACAUUUAUUUAUUUCUCUUAUCAAUGUCAAUCUUUAUGACUGAUUGCCUAGACCCCUCAUUUAACCCUGGGCAGCCUCUCUGCCCCUGAUACCUGUAGGUUAUGGUUGCUAGACUUGGAUACAAGUUCCAAAAAAGUGGAAAAGAGGUUUUGGUGCCUUGAAGGCCAAGGCUUGUCUUGAGGUUGAGAAUGUUGUGCUUCUAUUUUUUUUCUAUGAAUAUUUCAGACCGAUAUAUAUGCAUACACACUAUGCUUAGUCAACUUCUCAUAAAAUUUGUUGUAGCUAUCGGUGUCAAUGUCUGGCAUUGUGAAACCAUUUCUUGUCCCAUGGAGCCUGAAAUUCUGAUGCGCUUUAGAAGUGUGGGAGGAGUUCUGUUAUGACUCACCAUUUCCAGUGUUACAAAAGUAUAUCUCGUGAUUAGAGCUUUCUUAAUUUGCUCAGAAAUCUAUGUAGCUGAAUCACUCAACGAAAGGAACUCUGUUUUUGGGGUUCUGUUACCACUA